CUUGCUUUUUCUGUUUCUCUGCUUUCCCCCUGCAAUCCUUCCCUUCCAUUAGACACAGUAAAGAAAAGAGCGAUGGGUUUCAGUCUCAGUGUCUUCUUUUUACGAUGACCACAUCGCUCCUUCACAUCACAACUCAUCUCCCUCUUCUUCCCUUAACCAAAAAGAAGAAGAAGGAGAAGAAGAUGGCUUUUCAAGAUUCUUCCUUUCUUCUCGAUUCUCUCUACUGUCAUGAGCCCAACCUGGAUGAACAAGACGACGAACAAGAACACCCACAAUCAGAGUUAUCAGAUGAAACUGAUCUCUCGAACAAUAAUGCUUCUCUGUUUCCUCUGCUUCUGUUGGAGCAAGAUUUGUUCUGGGAAGACCAAGACCUCAUCUCUCUCUUCACCAAAGAACAGCAACAACAUCAAGAAGUUGCCAACUUCAACCUGGGUAAUCUGGAAUUUUCAGGCUCUCGCCUCUCCUUGGCUCGUCGUGAAGCUGUGGAGUGGAUUCUUAAGGUGAAUACUCACCAUGGCUUCUCUGCUCUUACUUCAACUCUGGCCAUUAAUUACUUGGAUAGGUUCAUUUUAAGCUUCAAAAUUGAAAUAGAGAAGCCAUGGAUGAUCCAACUGGUGGCUGUCACUUGCCUUUCUUUAGCUGCAAAGGUCGAAGAGACACAACUCCCUCCUCUUCUAGACCUCCAAGUGGAAGGUACGAAGUAUGUGUUCGAGGGCAAGACGAUUCUGAGAAUGGAGCUUCUGGUUUUAUCGACCCUGAAAUGGAAGAUGCACCCAGUGACACCAUUAUCGUUCUUAGAUCACAUCAUUAGAAGGCUUGGAUUGAAAACCCAUCUUCACUGGCAAUUUCUCAAGCGUUGUGAGCAUCUUCUUCUAUCAGCACUUUCAGAUUCAAGAUUCGUGGGCUGUCUUCCUUCUGUGUUGGCCACAGCCACAAUGCUUCGUGUUAUAGAGCAGAUACAGCACAAUGAUGCAGCUGAAUACAAAAAACAACUCCUGGAUGUGCUUAAAAUCAACAAGGAGAAAGUAGAGGAGUGUUAUAAAGCAAUUCUCGAGGCGUCUGAUAAUAAGAAUAGAAAGAAGAGAAAGCAUGAUGAAAGAAUAAUAAUCCCUGUGAACCUAAGUGGCUUAAUCGAUGGUGGAGUUGGGACCGAUGAAGGAUCCAACGGUUCGUGGAAAGUAGGGUCAUCUUCAUCAUUAUGUUCUUCACCAGAUCAGUCUCUGUUGAAGAGGAACAGAGCUCAGCAACAGCAUCAACAACAACAGCGUAAUAUGAAGUUGUCUCCAUUGAAUCUGGUUGGUGUUGCAAUUGUUGUCUCAUCUCCUAAAUAACGAAGAACUUGUAAUUUUCAUAUUCUGGUAUCCCGCAGCAUAUGGUAAAGAAUGAGUAUAUAUUAUCUCUUUCUUCAUUUUCAGCAAUGUCCAA